CCCAGUUGCCUGUAUCUCCUGUCAUUAGCUGAGAGAGCUAUGGCCACCCAGCGGACGACCGAGGACAGCGAAGGGUUCGAGCUUCAGCACCCAACGACCACCACAGGUGCAGGUCAGAAUCCCGACACGCCUUCGCAGCAGCAGCGGGAUCAUGACUAUCCCACCGGGCUACGGUUUGUCCUUCUGACCAUUGGACUGGUGUUUACUAUUUUCCUGUCUGCCCUAGACACGUCCAUCAUCUCGACCGCCAUCCCCAGGAUCACGGAUCAAUUCGGCACCGUCAAGGACGUGGGCUGGUACGGAUCGGCCUACACCAUCACAAACGCUGCUUUUCAGUCGACAUGGGGCAAGGCUUACAAAUAUUUCCCGUUUAAAUGGACCUUCUUGCUCACCGUCUCCAUCUUCGAGCUGGGCAAUGUGAUAUGUGCGGUAGCUCCCAGCAGCUCAGUCCUGAUCUUGGGGAGGGUCAUUGCUGGAAUGGGUGGCGGUGGAGCCAUGACAGGAGCAUUCAUCAUAAUUGCAUUCAGCGCGAAACCACAGUACAGAUCCGCGUACAUGGGAGUCCUGGGCUUCACAUUUGGUUGUGCGAGUGUGGUUGGGCCCCUCUUGGGAGGCGUCCUCACUGACGGGCCUGGCUGGAGAUGGUGUUUCUGGAUAAGUUUACCCGUUGGGGCUAUGGCGGCGACUACCACGGCUCUCACGGUCAAGAUGCCUUCGCUGCCUGAAUCCGUACAGGUCUCUUUGAGGGAGAAACUGUUCUCGCUGGAUCUCGCCGGCAGCCUACUUGUGUUGGGUUCGAUGGUUUGCCUGGUGCUCGCACUGGAGAAAGGAGGAGUCUCAUCCCCGUGGAGCAAUUGGCACGUCAUCACCAGCCUGGCAGGCUUUGUGGCUCUCCUCAUCAUCUUCAGCGUCAACGAGUGGCAGAUGGGCAGUCGAGCCAUGAUCCAGGCACAUCUCUUGAAGAAACGGUCGAUUGUUGUCAGCCUGGUGUUUCAGUUUUUCAUUGCCGGCCUGUUCUUCCCGCUCUCGUUUGCGCUGCCUAUUCAAUUCCAAUCCGUCGGCAAUGCAUCCGCGUCAGAAAGUGGGCUUCGACUGAUACCGUUAAUCCUGGCCGUGUCUGCAUGCACCUUCGUCGCCAACGGGCUGCUGACCUUUUGGCGGCACUACACGCCUUUCUUUGUAGUUGGCGCACUCGCAGGAACGCUGGGGGUAGUCAUGGUUCACACUCUGGACGCCAACGCUGGUCUCGGGUCGUGGAUCGGCUUCGAGAUCCUCACAGGCAUGGGUGUUGGUCUUGCUCUCCAGGUGCCCAUGAUCGCAAACCAGGCAGCAGUGGGAAUCGAGGAUAUGGCCGCGGUGACCUCGUUGACGCUAUUCUGCGAGAACGUGGGAGCCUCCAUCUUCAUCGCUGCGACCGAAGCCGCCUUCACCAACGGGCUAGUCUCGGCCCUGGGCCACAACGCGCCCCAAGUGAACCCUGAGACGGUGGUCAAUACGGGAGCCACCGAAAUCCGGCGGCUGUUUGGCAAGAAGCACCUCCAGGGGAUCCUGAUGUCGUACCUACAAGGCUGCAAGGACAGUCACCUGGUGCCGAUGGCGUGUGGAUCAGCUGCCACGCUGGUGUCGAUGGUCGUCGCGGUGCCGUCUGUGAGCCGGUCAUGGGAGAAGUGGAAGCACAAAGCACAUUCUCGGUGAAGAGCCUGGGCGUCCCUAAUAGUAGCUAGCCGCUGUAGGUAAUAGUGUGUAGGAGAAGGGUGUAAUUGGAGCGAGGGGGAGGUGGCACAAGGCGGUGUGCGAUUAAGACUGCGACACCUGCAACCACCUGCAACACCAUGACCAAUCCGUCGCCAAUCUG